UCCAGGGCACUCAGCUUCCGUUUUGAACGCAAACUGAACUACUAGGGUGAUUUUAACAUAAGCGGUGAACUUGGUGAAUUUUGCAGAUUUAAUCAAAUAUGGCAAGACAGGGAGUAUCAAGACCAAAGGUGGUCUCAUCAGGUAGGCUGACAGCUUCUGGACGUGGACAAAUACACAAGAAAAGGGUUGUUGAACCGGCAUAUUCUCUUUAUUCUACAGACUCUGAAGAUCAGGUGACAACAAUACACAAGGGACUCGAUCGAUGUGCUGCUUUACUCAACGGGAUACUUCAAGCUGAACAAGCAGCAGAAUCAAAGCCCAAACCACAGGGAACCAAAACCUGCACCUUCAAAUCCAAAACCAAGAAUUUAUCAAGAAAAAUUGAAAAUGACAGGAAAAAGCAUGGGAAGAAGACAAACACAGUUAUACAUGCAAACAAAAGGCCAGCUCCAGUCAAGAAGACAGUUCCAUCUGCCAAUUGUCACCCGAGUUCAGCAGGGCGUCACGAUCUGAACCUUGGGAUCAGACGGGUGCAGGUGUCACAGGAUCAUCCUUCAGGACCGACCCCUGUAACACAAGCAGAACACGAACAGCAAAACUCACUUCCUUUGGCCUGCUCUCAGCCUGCUGCUAGCUGUAAUAUUCCAUCUUCGGGUCAGGUUCACACAUCCACUGUAUUUAACUGUCGGCUGACUACAUCCACACCUGCAUUGAGUCCUCAGAGACCUGGAUCAGCUCACAGUGAACCUUGUACUUCAAAAUGUGUGCUGAGCAGUGGUAGCUUAUCUGGGGAGAUUCAUCAGUUGAGGGCCAUGAGUGCUGCCACCCCAAUCUGCCCUCAUGGAUCUAUAGAAAAGUCUACCACCCCAACUCAAUAUGCUGGUGCUUUUUCCAUGCCACCUGCAGUCCAAUCACAGUCUCUAGCUACCGUUUCUCCUGUCCAAAAUGGAUCCUCCACUUUAGUAGGGCAUGGGGUACCUAUAAUCACUGGCCCAAUCUGCAGUGUCCAUCAGGUGGAAUCAGUAGGGCCAAGUGUUCCUUUGGCAUCAUCCACUGGGUCCUCGAACUGUCCCUCAUCUGCAGUGCUAGAAACACAGGUGUCCAACCAGGUGCCCAGCCAGUCUCAAACUAACCCAGAUGGACCAGUACUGAUUAUUUGCAGUGACCAGGAACAGGAGAUACAUUCUAAAGAAAGUUCAAAAGAGGGUGGAAUGAAUGCAGAGGAUGAACAUAAGGAUGGGAUGGACACUACACCUGUCAGAGACAUCAGCACUGAGAAAUUAACAGUUCUGACUCACAAAGCCAAUCCCACCAGUCCAGAGAAAACUGCACAAAAAGUGAUGACUGUUAAAUAUCUGCUGGGAGAGCUGAAGACUUUAGUUGCUAAUCAGGACAGUGAUGCUGUGCGGCUGAUUUCUGAGGUGGAGCAGAGCAUCUCACUACUUCCUGUCAUGGUGGGCAGCACCAACAUCCAGGCUGAGAUUGCGCUCGCCUUACAGCCACUCAGGAGUGAGAAUGUACAGCUGAGAAGGCGUUUACGAAUACUUAAUCAGCAGUUAUUAGAGAAAGAGAGAGCAGAACGGAGGAACAGGCCGGAGGCCUGCGACAUGGAGGUGGUUGCGUUGCAGUCUCUGAACCUCACUCUACAAACUCAGUUAAAUGAGAGCCGUAGAGAGCUCAAUAAUCUGCAACAGGAGAACAUGAGACUACGGAAAGCCAUGGAGGACAAAGACAAUGACCUGAAGCAGCACAAAGACUUGUGUGAGUUAGAGAACAACCGGCUAAGACUGGAAGUGAGUGAGGCAUUAGCUGAAAUGCAGAAUUGCCAGAGUAAACUCGGAAAGUACGAGAUUGAGAAGCCUGCAUUGACUUUAAGCCUUCAGCAGAGGGAGGCAGAGAUCAGCAGACUGCAGGAAGUCAUCAGAAAUCUGCAGAGAAGUCAAACAAAAGACACCAGCAAAUACUCUCAUCAGCUGGACUUAUGUCAACCAAACUCUCAGCUUACCAAGAGUGUUCUGCAAUUGCACGAAAAUGCACAGAGGGAAACUACUGUGUCCAAUACACUUUCAAACUCUGUAAAAACCUACCUUCAGACUCUGGAGGGCAGUGAACAGGCCUCUCCUCCCCAACAAAUUGACUGUAGUUCCCAGACAUUAUACCCAGGUCAGUGUGAUGGUGGAAAAGUGAACUUUAUGCCCUCAGACAUUAAAGUCUGCUCUCCAUAUAUACACAGACCAACCCUGGAAACAAUAGCUGAGAAUGUGGCUCAUUCGUUUGCCCCUUUAAGAGAGACUCCAGUGGUGCAACUUACCACAGGAGUUGCUCAUAGUAAUCCACUCACUCACUAUAACGAGCUGAUAACAGCCAAGCAUCAAAGGGAAAAUGUGGGUCGUGCUUUUGAAAAGCUGGACAUCUCAGAUGGGCUCCACAGUCAGGAUGUGAAGAAUGAUGGCCGAGAUUACAUUUCAGAUCAUCAUGGUAUGGCCCCACAUUUGAAUCAGAAAAAUAAGAGCCCGAACUAUCAUCUGGGGCAAUCCCAACAUGCCCGUCGAUGCCUAAGGAUAGGUGUUCAGUCAGCAUACACUGGACACCCUUCAGCGAUGGAGAACACCUUUUCUUCUUGUGAUAUUAAAUCUUUAGCCUCUGAUUGGAGCAUAAACUCCUGGUCAACAUUUAACACACAGGAUGAGCAGAAUUUCAGAGAUGGGCUUGCAGCACUAGAUGCCAGCAUAGAAAGUCUGCAGAAGACACUGAGAGUAGAUCUAAAGAACUAAUUCAGUAUGCUAAUGUGUGUACUGUGUUUUUAACUUGAUUAUAUGUAAUUAGUAGAUGUUUUUAAAUGUCUCUCUAUUUUUAUUAAAUUAUGUCAAAUAUCAAAGAAUAUUACAUUUCUCAGUGCAUUUCUUAAUACUAAGUUGCAGCUAUCUAGGAUUCCAUCUUGUGUAACAAAAAUGUUGAAUAUUAAAUCCAUGCAGGUCACGCUUUGUCCUGUAUUUUAACAUUAAACGCUCACAAAG